GCAGCAGUUGCGGUAGCAGUAGUACGACGACUGCUACAAGUGAACGGGUACAUGCCUCGCUACGCUAGGAGGUUCUUAAAGUGUGGAUGUCGCCAGACACUGGAAUAAUUCUCGCUGACACUGCUUGCGUCGACGGUUAGAGGAAUGGCAACUGCCUUGUCAGAAGAGGAGUUCCAUCGGAUGCAGAUCCAGCUUCUGGAGUUACGCACCAGCAACUAUGAACUCGAUAGCCAGUGUAAGCGCCAACAACGAGAGUUCUUAACUUUAAAAGAGAAAUUUGAAGAAUGUGAUAAAGAUCUCCAGAGAGCCAACAAAGUGAUCAACAAAAGCAAGAAAGCAAAGGAUGUUGAAUUACUCAUCCAAGAGAAUUCAGGUUUACAAAGGAAGCUGCAAAGCCAAGAAGAUGAAUUUCGCUUACAGAAUGAAACUCUUAUGCAGGAAUUAUCUCACCUUGUUUCGUGCAAUGAAGAAUUAGAGAAACGACUCUCCUCUUCAAAAGAUAAACCCAGUGGCCCCGAUACCUCUUCAUUUAGUUCUGCCAUUAUUAAUGAUCUCGAAGAUGAAGUUCGACGAGUUCAAGCACAAAACUCAGCUCUGCAGAAAACUCUCAAAGCUUCCCAAGAGAAGUAUGACAAACAGAUAGCGUUUUACAAGCAACAACUGCAGUUGGGUAACUCCACUUCAAACAACAGUAGUCAUCAAGGAAAAUCAGAUGAUAACGACGAAGAGAAAAGAUCUGAAGAUUGUUCAAACCAGACAUCAAGUGAUUCAAGUAUUUCCCAGUCUGAAGCUUUAUCAAAUGAUAAAAACAAAAAUAUUUUACAAUCACCUUCAAAAGAAGAAUGUAUCCAAGAAUUAAGUGUGUUGAGAUUAAACUUAGAAACUGAACUUGAAGAAAAUCGAAUACUCAAAGAACAGCUUAACAGUUCCGAUAAAAAAUUCAGACAACAAAUAGCAUCUUUCGAAGAUGAAAUUGAAAAAUUAUCGGAAAAAUUGAAAAGAAAACAAGAAAGCUAUGUUCAUUUACAAGAAGAGAAAGAAACAUAUUUCAAGGAAGCUGAAAAACGGCUUGAAGAGGUCCAGGCUGGUCGUGAUCGGGAAAAGAAGUAUUAUACAGAUGUGGUCAAUAAGCUGCAGGCUGAAAUGGAAUCUAAACAGCAGAUGCUGGAUGAAUUUCAGAAUUCGUCUUGUUCUAAAAUCAAAGAAUUAGAGAACCAAAAUUUAGCCUUACAGCAAAUGAUCGAUGCCACAAGUAUUGUUAACAACCAGCAGCGUGAUGAAGUCGAAACGGAGUACAAACAGCGAAUUAGUGUUCUGGAGAAACAACUAGCCAUGCAGGCCCAGCAGUUUGAUGACUUUAAAGUUCAACUGCAGGAAGGUCAUCGCGCCAGUGAACACACUCUUGAACAAUUGUACGCUGCACAACAAGAACGAGACACACAAAUACAAUCUCUACAAGAAAUUAGUACGAUAGCAGAGAAACGCAAACGCCUCAUUGAUGAAAUGGCCAUAAAAUAUCAGAAAGAAUGUGAUUCUCACAGGGAAUUGGUCCAACACAUGACACAGGAUCAUGCGGAAGAAGUGAAUAAGUUGGAAGAUUUAUUGUCUCAAGAACGGGAAAAUUGUUUGGAGUUGAAUAAAAUGCGCACAUUUGUUGAAGAGAUUCAGGGUCAAUUGGUAUCGUCUGAAGAGACCAAAGGUUGGCUGGAACGGAGACUGAAUGAUGCAGAGGCCAAUUUGAACAGCAGCAAGCAGGAAUUUGAAUCAACACUUUUGGGUUCUCAAGAAAAAUAUCAACAGGAAAAAGAUGAACUGCUACAAAAGUUUGAGCAAGAUCUUGAGGAAUACAAACAGCAGGAGACUGUGUUGAAAGCUGAAAUUAUUCAACGUGAUGAAUCUAUAAAUAAAUUACAACAGGAGAUUAAAGACAGCGUUGAUGAAAAGAAAAUCCAUGAGAAGAAAGGAUUAACUAUGUUGAAAGAUUUAAAACGCCAGCUGCAUACUGAAAGGAAAAGAGCUGAGAAAUUACAAGAGAGGUUGCAGGAAAUAUUAACGGAUCCUAAAAACAGACAAGGAGUUGAUGACUUAUUUAAGCCUGCUGAUAUUGGAGAUAAAGCUGAGAGCAGCUCCGUUUCUUCAUGGAGUGCUGGAGCCAGUGGAAUCGGUAACAAAGACUCUCCACAGUCUCCAAACCGAACUGGAACCCCUCCGAGUGAUUUCGAGUCUGAACACGAUGAAUUGGUUAACCGUCUGGCUGCAUCACAGCAACAGAAAUGGACUUUAGAGGAAAAGGUUCAACAUCUUGAAGAAAGUAACGCUGCUAUGUGUGAAGACCUUUUGCAGAAGUCUGCGAUUAUUGAGUAUUAUGUAAUGGAUGGAAGAACAGAUGGUUUAGCAAGCCACCAUAAAUCUACUGAAGAGAAAUCGUCUCUGAAGAAAGUUCUGGAAUUGGUGAAUCGUGGAGAUGUGAAUAUGAAAGAGAUGAACCGCAAGUUACAGAGGAUGCUGGAAGAAACCUUGACCAAGAAUAUGCACCUGCAAAAGGACCUGGAGACUUUGUCCCAAGAAGUGGUCCGAUUAUCGAAAGCCCCAUCUUUGGUUUCAUCACCGACGACAGAUUUGGGUGGUGAUGCCAGUCUACCCCUCACCGAGCCAUCGUCACAUCUGAAUAGCUGUCCCAGUGCAAUAUUAGCCCAAUGAAGCUGAAAAACAAUGCACACACCACACACACACACACAAUUUCUUUCCUACUUUUACAAGUGUCAAAAUAUUUCAACACCAACCAACCAACCAACCAACCACACAUGUGUAUAUAUAUAAAUAUAUAUAGCAAACACAACAGUAGCACUUCCCCCCCCUAUUUCCUUUGUACAUACAUUUCAUAGAGUUUUGUUAUGUAUAUAUAUAUAUAAAACGUUCUGUACAUAUGGCUAGUGUGGAUAUUGCAUCAUAAUGUUAGCUGAUUACACACACACACACACACACGUUAUGCCUACUUUACAUGUUGACAAGAAAUUUUGCCUCUUUUUGUGUUACACACACACACACACACAUACACACACAGUUCAUUAACGCAUGUAGGUAUGUAUGUGCACACAUAUAUAUAAAUGCAUAUACAUAUGUACAUACAUACAUAUAUACAUACGUAUAUUACAUACGUACAUAUGUAAGAUAUAGCUAAGUUUAUAAAUCUCAGGAGAAUCUUCUAUUCCAUUGGAGUAGUAGUAGUAAUAAUAAUAACAAUAAUAAUAAUAAUAAUAAUAAUGAGCCAUUAAGGCAUUUUUCUGUUUGAGCCAAAAUCUAAGGAUAUUGUUUAGUGAGUAAAUAUGCAGGAGUAAAUAUCUCGUCAGGCUGUGAAGCAGCUCUGUUGGUGUUUUGACCCCUUCUGCUGUGACACAUGAGCUGCUUGGGGCCACCCAGCAAUAUAAACAAGAAGACUCCUAUAUAACAGCUUGAGCUUUGUUGAGUCAGAUGUUGUGACUCUGGGCCAGAUGUUCCCCUCAUCCUCAGUGUCCAGUCUUGUUGCGCCACCUGUCCUUUCUCUCUUGAACUAGAGUUAAUGGUUAGCUUUCUCAGUAGCUUCCUAUGGCGAAAGACUAAACAAAAUGUAGGUGUUAGCUAAAUUAGGUUAGCGGUCAACAACCAUUCCAUUCUUGAAAUCUUCAUGACAUUAAAAAGUCUGCUACUGGCUGAAUCAUUACUGAACCAAAAAUAUGUAUUUUGGUUGCUUAGAGAACUGAUUCAAGGUUUUGCUAAAUCUCCCCAUUUCUUCAAUUAUAGCUGGGAUUUUCCAAACAUCUUAGACUAUUAGACUUAUAAUAUAAAGAUACCUUAUGAAAUCCUUUUAGAUGAUGUCUUGGCGUCGUAAAUGGUUUGUCCUUCUCUCUUUUGACCUCCACCUCCCCAACACUUUCUUGUUGUAUUCUCUUUAGACGACACAUUUUUCUAAACAUCUCUCGUACUUUAAUUUGAGAGUGAACUCUGAUAUUCCAACACAUGGUUACAUGAUGUACUUUGGUGAUUGAUAAAAGGAAAAUAAAUAAACAAAGAAAAUAAGACUAGCAAAUGACAAAACGUCAUCUUUUAUAAAACUUCUUGGGAAAUAAGAAAUCCUAACUCCUUUCAUUUCCAAUUAUUGUUUCUGUAGCCAGAUUGAAAUGUAUGAAGAAUUUGUUAUUAGCUGCCGUGUGUCCAUUGUUGCUCUACUUAGUUGAUUGGAAGUCAUUUGCUGCACCACUCAUUCAAGUCCGUGCUGAUCCUUUCAACCAAACGUUGUUGAUCCAUUAACCUAUUUUAGACAAUAAUUAUUGUUGUACAAAUGUGUUUGUUAUGAAGAAAUUAAACUUGCUAUUUAAUUUGAUU